CCGGAGCAAGGCGGCCCGCGCGGGGCGGGGCGGGAGCCCGGCCAGCCCUGCCCUGCCCUGCCCUGCCCUGCCCUGCCCGGCCGCGCCGGUCCGCGCCGCCUCCCCUCCGCGAAGGUGUUGGCGGCGGCGGUGCCGAGGGGCAUGAGGGGCAGCGGGGCGCCGCGCCGCGGCGGCGGCGGCCAGCACACGGCAUAGGCGGGGACGGCGGCGAGCGGCGGGCCGGGGUAACGAGCGGCUCGGCGGGGCGAGCGCGGCUCCCUGCAUGUGGCAAGUGAGGCGAGCCAGGGAGCCCGGCGGCACCGGCGAGCACCCGGCGGCGCGGUCCUGAGCCCCCACCCGGGCAGUGGCGACCGCCCCGCCGCCAUGGAUUGCAGCCUCCUCCGGACCCUCGUGAGCCGAUACUGUGCUGGAGAAGAGAAUUGGGUGGACAGUCGGACAAUUUAUGUCGGGCAUCGUGAACCACCUCCAGGCGCUGAAGCAUACAUUCCACAGAGGUUUCCAGAUAACCGAAUAGUCUCAUCAAAGUAUACAUUUUGGAACUUUGUACCAAAAAAUUUGUUUGAGCAAUUCAGAAGAAUAGCUAAUUUCUAUUUUCUCAUCAUUUUCCUUGUUCAGUUAAUUAUUGAUACACCAACUAGUCCAGUUACAAGUGGACUUCCACUUUUAUUUGUCAUCACUGUAACAGCUAUCAAGCAGGGUUAUGAAGAUUGGCUUCGACAUAAAGCUGACAAUGCAAUAAACCAAUGCCCUGUUCAUUUCAUUCAACAUGGUAAACUGGUUAGAAAGCAAAGCCGAAAAUUAAGAGUUGGAGAUAUUGUAAUGGUAAAAGAAGAUGAAACAUUCCCAUGUGACUUAAUAUUUCUAUCAAGUAGUAGAGGAGAUGGAACAUGUUUUGUUACAACAGCUAGUUUGGAUGGUGAAUCCAGUCAUAAAACUUACUAUGCUGUUCAAGAUACAAAAGCAUUUCACAAUGAACAAGAAAUUGAUGCACUACAUGCUACCAUUGAAUGUGAACAACCUCAGCCUGACCUUUAUAAAUUUGUUGGUCGGAUAAAUGUUUACCAUGAUAGGAAUGAGCCUAUUGCAAGGCCAUUAGGAUCUGAAAACCUGCUUCUUAGAGGAGCUACUUUAAAGAACACAGAAAAAAUCUUUGGUGUUGCUAUCUACACUGGCAUGGAAACAAAGAUGGCAUUAAAUUACCAGGCAAAAUCACAGAAGAGAUCUGCUGUAGAGAAAUCAAUGAAUGCAUUCCUUAUUGUAUACCUCUGCAUUCUCAUCAGUAAAGCACUAAUAAAUACUGUCCUGAAGUAUGUCUGGCAGAGUGAACCAUUUCGUGAUGAGCCGUGGUAUAAUCAGAAAACAGAGCCAGAAAGGAAAAGAAAUCUGUUUCUUCAAGCUUUUACAGACUUCCUUGCAUUCAUGGUUCUUUUCAACUACAUUAUUCCUGUAUCCAUGUAUGUCACUGUGGAAAUGCAGAAAUUUCUUGGUUCUUAUUUCCUUACAUGGGAUGAGGAAAUGUUUGAUGAGGACACAGGUGAAGGACCACUGGUGAAUACUUCUGACCUCAAUGAAGAGUUGGGACAGAUUGAGUAUGUCUUCACAGAUAAAACAGGAACAUUAACUGAGAACAACAUGGAAUUUGUAGAAUGUUGCAUUGAAGGGCACAUUUAUGUACCCCAUGUUAUCUGCAAUGGCCAAAUUCUCCAUGAGUGUACAGGCAUUGAUAUGAUUGAUUCUUCUCCAGAAAGCACUGGGAAGGAGAGAGAGGAACUAUUUUUCCGAGCACUUUGUCUUUGCCACACUGUUCAAGUGAAAGAUGAUGACAGUGUAGAUGGAUUGAAGAAAAACCAGUUCUCAAAAAGAUCUUGUAUGUAUAUUUCGUCGUCACCUGAUGAAGUUGCUUUAGUUGAGGGAAUACAGAGACUUGGUUACACCUUCCUAAGGAUGAAGAACAAUUUUAUGGAGAUCUUAAAUCGGGAAAAUGAGAUAGAGAAGUUUGAAUUAUUAGAGGUUUUGAGUUUUGAUUCAGUGCGACGGCGAAUGAGUGUAAUUGUUAAAUCUUCAACAGGUGAUAUAUAUCUGUUUUGUAAGGGAGCAGAUUCUUCCAUAUUUCCUAGAGUUACAGAAGGCAAAAUUGACCAAAUACGAUCCAGAGUUGAACGCAAUGCAGUGGAGGGACUGCGAACGUUGUGCGUUGCAUAUAAAAAGCUCACAGCAAAAGAAUAUAGCAAUGUGCAUAGGCUGCUUCAGAGUGCAAAGUUGUCCCUUCAGGAUCGGGAUAAGAAAUUGGCAGGAGCAUAUGAGAAGAUAGAAAGAGAUUUUAUUUUACUUGGUGCUACAGCUGUUGAAGAUCGACUACAAGAAAAAGCUGCUGACACUAUUGAAGCACUCCAGAAAGCUGGAAUUAAAGUUUGGGUUCUGACAGGAGACAAAAUGGAGACUGCUGCAGCUACUUGCUAUGCUUGCAAACUCUUCCGGAGAAAUACACAAAUACUUGAGCUAACCACAAAGAAAAUUGAGGAACAGAGUUUACAUGAUGUGCUUUUUGACCUAAGCAAAACUGUCCUAAGACACCAUGGCACCUUAACCAGAGAUACCUGCUCAGGACUUUCAACUGAUAUGCAAGAUUACAGUUUAAUUAUCGAUGGAGCAGCAUUAUCGUUAAUAAUGAAACCAAGGCAAGAUGGGAGCUCUAGUAACUACAGAGAGCGCUUUCUUGAAAUAUGCAGGAACUGCAGUGCAGUGUUAUGCUGUCGAAUGGCACCUCUGCAAAAAGCACAGAUUGUAAAAUUGAUCAAGUUAUCAAAGGAGCAUCCUAUCACAUUAGCAAUUGGUGAUGGAGCAAAUGAUGUCAGUAUGAUUCUAGAAGCACAUGUUGGUAUAGGAAUCAUUGGCAAAGAAGGUCGUCAAGCAGCGAGAAACAGUGACUAUGCAAUACCUAAAUUUAAACAUUUGAAAAAAAUGUUGCUUGUUCAUGGGCAUUUUUAUUAUGUUAGGAUAUCUGAACUUGUGCAAUACUUCUUUUAUAAGAAUGUCUGCUUCAUUUUUCCUCAGUUUUUAUAUCAGUUCUUCUGUGGGUUUUCACAGCAGACUUUAUACGAUACUGCGUAUCUAACACUGUACAAUAUCAGCUUCACUUCCCUUCCUAUCCUCUUCUACGGUCUAAUGGAACAACAUGUCAGUGCAGACACACUCAAGAGAGAGCCUUUCUUAUACAGAGAUGUUGCCAAGAAUGCUUUGCUGCGCUGGCGUGCGUUUAUUUAUUGGACAUUCCUAGGAGUGUUUGAUGCUGUUGUAUUUUUCUUUGGUGCCUAUUUCUUGUUUGAAAACACAAUUGUGACCAGCAAUGGACAGCUAAUGACAACCAGCACUCACAUGAUGUUUGGAAACUGGACCUUUGGAACACUGGUGUUUACUGUGCUUGUAUUCACAGUUACAUUGAAGCUUGCACUAGAUACACACUAUUGGACGUGGAUAAAUCACUUCAUGAUCUGGGGAUCACUGGUCUUCUACAUGAUCUUUUCUCUGCUCUGGGGAGGAAUCAUUUGGCCUUUUUUCAAUUAUCAGAGGAUGUAUUAUGUGUUCAUGCAAAUGCUGUCUAGUGGCCCGGCUUGGCUGUGUAUAAUUCUGCUCAUAACUGUCAGCCUUCUUCCAGAUGUUCUCAAGAAGGUCUUGUGCAGAGAGAUGUGGCCUACAGCAGCAGAAAGAAUCCAGAAUGCAUCGAGGCACUGUCAGGAGCACAUCUCAGAAUUCACACCUCUUGCCUGUCUGAAGAGCCCAAGAUACAGGAGCAGUGACUGCAGCAAUUCCCCAGCAAGAAGGUCUAAUUCUCAUUCUAAAAAAAUGAUGUUUACGCACUGGAGAGGCAUUGAUUAUUCAGUACUUCCAUCUGUCUUUGGCUAUUCAAAUAAGCAUUGCCGUUCCAGUGCAGGCUACCGCUACAGUGGGUCAGGUUUGGAAACGUCUGUAUGACAAAACACCAAGUCAAGCCUUUAAAAACUGUAUUUUUGUUUAGUUCUUUUUUUAGGAAACAAAGAUGUCACAGAAAUAUAUUGAACUAUUUGUGGCUUUUGCUGUCUGAGGUAAUGUUCAGACAAACAGGAUCAACAGUUAGAAGUACAAACCCUUCCAGGCCAAUAGGCCUCUUUUUGUGUUUUGAACUACUGGAGCAAUGAACAAUCUGCACAGUCUGGUACUGUGAGACUGGUAGCAUUAAAAAUUCUCUUCAUCCUGUGUCAAGAUUUUUGUGCAUUUACUGCUUCUGUCAUCUUUAGUAAUUUUCUUUGUUACUUGAAGUGUAUAGUUUCAGUCAGUGACUUACAUUUUGAGAUCAACAGUUUUAAUUUUCAGCCAGAAGCAAUGACCUCAGUUAUCUCCAAUGAAAGUCUCCUAAAGCAUAUUUAACAAGUGCUGUUUCUGAUUUUCCUGUCCUUUUUCUUUCUUUGUUCUUUCUGUAGAACAAACUGGUGUUUCCUCUGUGCAAAUCUGCUUUCAAGAAACACUCUCUAAUGUUCACUUCCUUGUAAGUGGCCAAAUCAGGGCUGUGUCUGGUUUUCAGUUAGUUUUCCCUUGUAGAAGGAUAGGCAAAACCUUGUGUAGAGUAUGUACACACUAUAUGAAGUUAAGUUGGCUGUUAGAUAGGUAAAUAUAAUCUAUGUUGGUAUCUACUCAAAAAUUGAAUGUAAGCAUUUUGCCUAAAAGGCCUUUGUGAAUUUGUCAAAGAUGCAGAUUACCUGUGAUUGUAAAAUAUGCAUAGCAGAAAGUACUAUAUAGGAAACCUUUUUUGACACAUUUUGUCUCUUAAAAGAAGAAAGGCUGUUUUUCCAAAUAAGUGUCUUUUACUAUCUGGAUUCACCCCCUUAAUUUUGAUUUUUUUUUUUAUGUGUGUCUUGUUAAAUCCUGGCUAAUGGGCUUAGCAGACAUAUUACAAAGCACACAACUGUUACCUUUUGCAAGCAAACCACCAGGUGGCACACGCCUGUUUACUAAUAGUAGUGAUAUGGGAACUAGUUUCACGGUAAGGGUUCUGUUUGAAUUACUUUAAGAAUGACAGCCAACUUGCACUUCUGUUUCUCUGCUGUAUUUCUGUUACCUUGCACUAAUUCAACUAUUAGCUGUGUCCUUGUCUUGUUUCUUUAGUCCAGUGUUUUAUUUUGGGGUGCAAAAAUACCUGAAAGACUAAUCUGAUUUCGGACAGUUUCAGCCUGGUGGUUAGAACUGGUUAAAAACUGUAGUCAUUAAAUACAUCUGGGAGGACAUUAGCUAAAAGUUUAUUUCAAUGUGAAAACAAAAUAUUUGGAAUCAGAGCUGCAGCCUUUAUUGGAAGACCUGGCCAAGACAUUGUUAGUUGUCUUUUGAACAGACUAGGGUGGUAGAAAAAACUAUUUCCCUACUUAUGUUUAAAAAAAACAAAAAGGGGAAAAAAAAAAAGAAAAAAAGGCAAAAUAGUUUACUUACUAGUUUUAAAAAAAUCAACUUACUAGAAAAUGUUCCUCACAAUAUUCUGAGUGGUAGUGAAAUAAAUGCCCUGGGACAAGCAGAGAUUGUAAAGUGAGUUGUGAAAUUUUCAGUAUACCAAAGAUAGAGGAUUUUUAAAAGCCUACUGGUGAGCACCACAGAUGAAGGUAUUUUUACUAUUUAACAUGUAGCACUUUUAAGUUUCAAAGAACGUCCUCAUCAAAGUAACAUUUUGAAAUACGUACAUAUGUGUGUGGUUGUGGGUGUGUGUACAUUUACUUGCCAUUGCAGACUUGAAUGUUGGUCAGUUAGAACCGUCCCCUACAUAAAACACUGGUGUAUAUAUUUUUAAAAAGUUAUUAUGGGUAUAAAUUUUAUACCAGUAGCAGUGACAAAUUUCUUGUGUGUAGUUAACAAAUUAUUUGUAAUGUAUUUUUUAGAAAACUUAAAAUUGCCUUUGCACUGAAAUAUUUUUCAUACUGUAGCUAUUUAUAAAUCUGUUUUACGCAUACAUUUGUUAACACACCAUUUCUAUUUUUUUUAAGUACAUGUUUUGAAGGCUUUUUUUAUACCUAUGAGUUUUGGCCACUUCAAUUCAGCUUAGAGUGGAGCUGUGGCUGAAUGUUAAAAUUCUAAUGAAUGUCAAAUUAGAAAUACAAGUCUAUUGCUCUGUCAGCCUCACCCGAACUACUGUCUUUUUGUUGGUAUUUGUGAUAGUGGCGAUUAGAGCGCUGUACUUUCGGUGCUAUACUAUUACUGCUAGCUUUUUUACUCUGUAAAGCCUCCUGCUUUUUUACUUUUCUGAGUUCCAUCUUUUAGCCUUAAAUAAGGAGAUUUUUGCUUGAUGUUUUUGAAAAUGCUGCAUUCCUGUUCUGCCUACUAAUAAAACAGUUCGUUGCAAACUUCAUGUAGCCCUGCACCUAGAAGUUACUGACAGUGUUGUUCAGGCUGAAACACCUAUGCAUGGAAAAUUUUAGUUAAACAUGUCAUUUUUUGGAGGAGAAAGAAUACUUGAAUUUAAGUGUAAGUGUAAGUUUUUGCUUUGAUUUAGCAAUACUUUUACCUUUAAAAGUUGGUAGAUUGUUUGCUAAAAUAGACCGUUUAAUGGAUAAAACCAUAAACCAUCAACUGGGUUUCACUUGAUGUGCAUUUGCUUCAGUCCCUGUUACUGUUGCCAUGCAGACCUAGUCCACUGCAGCAGGUGUUAACUUGGAGUUUCAUUGUAAAUGGAUCAGACGAUGCAAAGAUGAAAAACUAGUAGUUAGAUCAAAGUGCAUUAGAAUGUUUUAUUAUGAAUGAGACACUGAAAAGAGACAGAUUUUUAAGUUUAAAAGAAAAAAAUUUAAAAAAUAAAGGGGGAAAGUAUAAAAAUCUAUGUAACUUCCUAACUUGUCUUGUUUAAAUUGUUGCAGCUUUAACAGCCUAGUGUCUCCAUAUCUGCUUCCAUAAAUGUCUUGAACCUGGUAAGCACUAACCAAAUGUAUGUGAAGACUUAGAAAGUACUUCAGGCUUUUCAGCCACUGAAGUUCAUAUAUCCCUGCAGUGGCUUGUGGCAAAAAAAUCAUUUUUGUUUUACCAUGUACAAUAAUUGUUUGUCCAGCCACUUAAUGUAAAAGCUUACAGUUUACUUGCUUGCAUUAGCCUGUUUGUCUUGAACCCACCUGGCUUACAAAUAUAAAAGGAAAAAAAAUAGCUUAAUUCAACAAAUGCACUACUUUUCAUUUGGAAGCCAGUGGGAUCAUUGUGCUCAUGCUACUGUCUCUGUUAAAAAAAGCUUUAAUGGAAAUUUGUGAGAGUAUUAUGGAAGCGAAAAUGUACAUGAUUCUACUUUGGAUAAUAAUCUUAAAGUCAUUUUAUAGAGCUUUAAUUUUUUACCUUAUGAAAAUUCACAGAAUUUUAAUCUGCAUUGUCUCUGACAUAAAUUCUGUGCUAUGUA